UUCAAACUAAAAAAAAGCAUAAAAGACAAAAUAAGUAUACCGACCAAGAACCCUUUGAAAAAGAAAAGGUAGGUUGCAUUUUCUGAUCGAGAGAGUGAAAUUAAAACAAAUAAUCACAACUGUUUCAUCCCCCACAAGCCCUUCCUUAUGAUGAUGCCGAAUGUGGAAUCUGCAAAAAUAAACAUUGAUGACUAUGGAAGUUCAAGGCUUUUACAUGAUAUCGAAGCAAUAAGCAAAGCCCUGUAUUUGAGUGACACUCCGCCAAAGACUUCGAAGCCACCUAAGUAUGUAAAUGAUGACUUAUUAAUGAAUGAAAAGAAGUCUUCUAUUUGGAAAUGGAAGCCGUUGAAAGCUCUAACUCAUAUUAGAAAUAACAAGCUAACUUGUUCUUUUUUUCUUCAUAUUCAUUCUAUAGAAGGAUUACCAUUAAACUUUAACGACCUUAGCUUAUGUGUUUUUUGGAAAAGAAAACACGAGCUUUUGAAAAGCCAUUUGAUACGUGUUAAAGACGGUGUUGCAGAGUUUGAAGAGACAUUAACCCACCGUUGUUCGGUAUAUGUUAGUAAAAGCAAUCCCCAUGAUGAUGUGGCAAAAUAUGCACCCAAGCUUUCCUUACUUUAUGUUUCUAUAGCUGGAGCUCCUAAUUUAGAUAUUGGCAAGCAUUGGAUUGAUCUUACGCGAUUGCUUCCACUUACUUUAGUGGAGUUAGAGGAUGAGAAAAACCGUUAUGGAAAGUGGAUAACCAGUUUUAAGCUGACAGGUAAGGCAAAAGGUGCUAUAAUCAAUGUUAGUUUUGGCUUUUCUAUAUUGGGGGAUAGCUUUUUGAGGUCUGGUAACAUCUGGAAGAUUCCGGAUAAAGGAAAUGGGAAAAUUCUUCAAAGGGUUGGAAGCGUUUCAAGUAACUCGAGGCGUAUGCUCCAAGUGUCUAAUUCAUCAUCUGAUAUAAAACCUCAUAAUGGGAUUGUACUAAAUGAAGGGCCAUCAGUUAGUGUUCUCUAUGAGUUACUUAAUGAUGCAAAGUCAAGUGAUUUAAAAGAGUUAAAUUCAUUAUCUAAUGAUGUAUAUGAUGAAGAAUAUAUGGUUAUAGAUACAGGUGUUGAAUUUUCUAAAUCCAAGGAAAACUCUUGUAUCGAAAUGAUUGAUGUGGCUGACCUUUUUGAUGAUGAAGUUUGUGGGGAUCUUGAAAGUGAGAAUGUUGUUGAUGAACUUAAUUCUAAAGAAAACAACGUGUGCACUGAAGAAUCCACUGAAGAACUUGAUUUAUUUUUGCACAACCUAUCAAUAUCUGAAUCACAGGAGUUUGAUUUUCCAUUUUACGAAAACCAGUUUGUUGAAGGUUAUUACAACAAGCACGGAGAUGUAUAUGAGGGGGGUCAGAUUGUAAAAUCACGUAGCUUAGAUGACCUAACGGAUAUUGUUGUUAAUGAUUUCAUGAACUUGGUUGGUUCCGAUAGUGAGCCUGAGUCUCCAAGAGAACGUCUUUUAAGGCAAUUUGAGCAGGAAACUUUAGUUUCAGGAAGCUUAGUUUUUGAUCUCCAUGCCAAAGAAGAUCAAAAAGAUGAUACCAACAUGUUUGAUUCAUCGUUUUUAUUUCCAGAAGCGAAAAUAGAACAUAAUUAUGGGGUGACACCCUCUUUGAUUAGUAGAAGAAAAGCUAAAAUGCUUGAGAAUUUAGAAACUGACGAGUUAAUGCAACAAUGGGGUUUAAAUGAGAGGGCAUUUCAAAAUUCUCCAAGAACUGAUUCUGGUGCAUUUGGAAGUCCGGUUUACCUUUCACCCGAAAGGCCACAUGAAUUGCCUCCUCUUGGGGACGGGCUGGGCUCCUUUUUGAAGACCAAAAACGGAUAUUUAAGGUCCAUGAAUCCGUUACUUUUCAAAAAAGCUAAAAAUGGCGAGAGAUUGAUUUUGCAAGUAUCUAACUCAGUUGUGCUACCUCUGGUAAUGGGAUCUAAUGGUAUGGAUAUAUUGAUGGAAUGGGCAAAGGUUGGAUCUGAAAAGAUGCUUUUACAGGCAACCCGUUUGAUGCCAGUGGUGGAAUUUACAGGAGUGACAUUGCAACAGGAGGUUUGGACAUCUGAGUCUGGAAUGGAAGUUAUUGAGAGGGGAUGUACAUCAUUUCAUGAAUCAGAGGCCAAAGAAACACCGGCAAGCAUGUGUUGCGAGAUUGAUUCAGAGUACGUUUCUAUAGGAAAUGUUGUUCCUUUAGCUAUUGAAAAAAUCCAGUACCUUCUAAUUGAAGGAUUAAGAAUUCAAUCUGGAAUGUCAACUGAAGAUUCUCCAUCAAGCAUAAACGUGGCCUGUACAAGCAGCAAUGACAUUGAGGAUCUAGUAGACAUGUCUAUUUCAUUAGAUGAGUGCUUAAAGUUGGAAUCACUAGGUUUUGAUGAUAAGUGUGAAGUUAGUGAUCAUGUCUUAAAGUUCUUUGAGAAGUCAUCUGAUAAAAAAUGUGGGUAUUUUGGUAACUUCACUUUAGCUCUGCAAAUGUUGUUUAGAGAUCCAUUACGAGACUAUGAGCCUGUUGGUAUCCCAAUGCUUGCUCUAGUUCAAGUAGAGAGGAGCACAAGUGUUGACCCGGGGUUCAAAGUCAAUGAAGUAUAUGUCACAGGUUUCAAAGCUGAUCCCCAAAAGAAGCAACACUCAGGUUCUCGCUGGUUGCAUUCUAGUGGGAUGACGGGUAAACCAAAAAAACAUUCACUGACCAUGUCAACUGCAUUAAUGAGAUCAUCUAUAUUAUCAGUGAACAAAACGAAACAAGCAGAGUCAUUGUGGUGUAUAUCUUCUUAUGUUCAUGGUAAAGCAGCUAAAUGGGAUGGGUUGUCAGGACUAAGUUUAUAUGUAAGGAACCCCGAUAUUCUCUUCAACUAAAAUUUGAUGUGAUCUAUUCAGUAUAAAGAAUGAACAUACCGUAUGGAAUUUAGAGGAUGGAGUUUGUCUUUUUAAAAGUGAAUCCAGUAGAUGUAACUGUUAAAUGGCUGAAAUUUUUGAUUAGUCACAUGUAAAUUCACUUAUUUCCUUUAACGAUAUGAUUUCGGUUACCCCCUUCA